AGAUUUAAACUUGGCGCCGUUUUGCGCUUCCGGUUUGUUUCGGUUGUAGAGGUCGCCCCGUUCCCAUUUCGUCUUAUUUGUCAGCGUGUGUGCCAGUAAAAUGGCGACGAAUAAUUAUUUUGGUUUUACUCACGGCGGAACGCAAUAUAGUGCAACCGCCACCGGAGCCGCCUACCAGCCGGGCCAGGCGGGGUACGCCGUCGCGGCGCCUGCCACCGCCGCCGCCGCCACUUACGGUACGCAACGAGCCGCCACCUACGAUACGGCCUAUCAGGCUGCCGCCGCCGCCGGACAAGGGACCUACGCUGCUGUAGGGACGGGGGCUACGCCCGCCUACGAGUACGGAUACGGGCAAACAGCAGCUGCAGGAUACACGGGAGGGUACGAUCAGAGUGCUGCCGCCGCCAAGCCGGCCACCUAUGCCACUACGUAUACGCAAAGGGCGGCGGGACAACCACAAGCACAAGCUGCGGCAGCAGCAGCAGCAGCAGCGGCUGCAAAACCGGCCCAAUAUACUGGAACUUAUCAAGCAAAUGCAACCGGAUAUCAAGCAUCUUAUGCUCAACCGGCUGCACAAACAACUAUAGCUGCACAACCGACAACUCAGGCAAAACAAGCAAAUUCGACGACAACCUAUUCCGGUUACGACGCCGCUUUAUAUUCAGCAGCGACAAUGUAUGUCGCUCAACAAGGAGGUGCAGCUCAACAGAAAACUGGCGGAUGGCAAGGUUACAAAAAAGGGGGUUUAGGGGCGAAAAAUAUGAGAACAAAAGCGCCACCUAAACCACAACAAUUACAUUAUUGUGACGUUUGUAAGAUUAGUUGUGCCGGUCCUCAAACCUACCGCGAACAUUUAGAAGGUCAAAAACAUAAGAAACGCGAAGCGGCUACUAAAAUGGCAGCUUCUGUUGCUGUAACCAAUCAGAAUCGUGCUGGUAAUUCGUUGAGAUGUCAAUUGUGUGACGUUACAUGUACAGGGAAUGAUGCAUACGCUGCCCAUAUUCGUGGAGCCAAACAUCAAAAAGUCGUUUUGUUACAUACGAAAUUGGGUAAACCGAUUCCACCACAGGAACCGGAAAUAAUCGGUGGUCCUCGUAAGUCCGUCUCCUCCACACCAAAGAUAAACUUUGUGCAAUCAGGAGGUCUCGGCAUUCCCACAGGUAAUGGUGAUUCGAAAGAUGACGAUAUUGAUGAACAACCAGAACCGGAUAUACAACCAGUCGGUCAGGAUUAUAUCGAAGAAAUUAAGAGUGAUGAUGGAAAGGUGAUUAGUUUCAAUUGUAAGUUGUGCGAGUGUCGUUUCAACGAUCCCAAUGCUAAAGAAAUGCACAUGAAAGGAAGACGUCAUCGUUUACAAUACAAGAAAAAAGUCAAUCCGGAUCUGGUUGUUGAUGUGAAGCCGUCAUUAAGACAGCGAAAAAUUCAAGAGGAAAAAAUGAGAAGAGCGGCAUUGCGUGAAGAAUUUUGGGCUCGUCGUCAUUAUAAUAUGCCUGAAGAUGAAGAUGAUCGUAUGUAUUGGGAGGAUCGUCGCCGUUAUGAAGAAGAGUACAUGGAGAUGUGUCGAAGGGGGAAUUUGGGGCCGUAUCCACGUGGAAGACCGCCAUUUGCAGGAGGAGCACCUCCAUAUUUCCAAGGUGGUAUGCCGAUGGCUCGUCGAACUGAAUCAAGUGAUGAUCGUCAUGUAAUGGCACGUCAUUCUGAAAUUUAUCCAAAAGAAGAGGAAUUGCAAUCAAUUCAACGUAUUGUCAGUCAUACGGAACGUGCCCUGAAAAUGGUUUCUGAUCAAUUGGCUGAAAGUACAAAACCAAAAGAAGGACAAACAAAAGAAGGUGAAGCAAGUACAAGCACCGCCCCUAAGCCAGUUGAAGAAACAAAACCGGAACAACAAUCACAACCACAACAACAAAAAGAAGACGGCCGUGAUAAUCAAUUGUUUUCAUUUCAACAAGACAGGGAUGCCAAUCGUAUCCUUAAAGGUGUGAUGCGUGUUGGUCAUUUAGCAAAAGGAUUAUUAUUAAGAGGCGAUACUAAUGUUGAAUUGGUUGUUUUAUGUGCUGAUAAACCAACAUUGGCAUUACUACGUAAAGUAGUUGAUUUAUUACCACCAGCAUUGAAACAAGUUGCCACUGAAAAUAAUUAUACAGUGACGAUUAAUGCAGCCGAGGCUGGACUUACAGUCACCGGUGAUGGAUUAACAGUGUUGGUACAACUGACGAGUCCCAUUAUGAGAGAGCAAGAAGCUGCGAGCGGCGGGUUGGACCGGGACGUUCUCGCACGCGGCAAGUGUCUCCAGGCGCUGGCAGCCCUCAGACAUACCAAAUGGUUCCAGGCUAGGGCUUUGGGUCUACAUUCCUGCGUGGUCAUCAUUCGUAUUUUGAGGGAUUUGUGUCAGAGAGUUCCCACAUGGUCGCCCCUAAGUUCAUGGGCCAUGGAAUUGCUUGCAGAGAAGGUGAUUUCUUCGGUUCCUGGUCAGGUGCAAUUGUCGCCUGGAGACGCUCUUCGUCGUGUCAUGGAGGCGGUUGCUAGUGGUCUUUUGCUUCCUGGAGGUCCUGGUUUGGGUGAUCCUUGUGAGAAAGACAGUCCGGAUGCGGCAAGUGGUCUUUCGGCCCAACAACGUGAAGAUUUGACUUGUUCGGCGCAGUAUGCGUUGAGAUUGAUUGCUUAUCGACAGAUUUAUAAAGUUUUGGGUAUGGAUCCAUUGCCGACGCAACAAAAGGUGUUUAGAAGGGAUAGAUCGGCGAGGAAGAGGCGUCGUUCAGGAGGGGAACAAGCCGAUUCUGAGAGUGUGGUUAUAGGCGAUAGUGGGAAGAUGGUCAAGACGGAAGGGGCUGAGACUACGGCGGAGACGUCAAAGUGAAGGAAUUAAGGAGAUGAGAAUUCUAGUAAUUUUAUUUUCUACAAGUAUUUUGAUGUAUAAAUGAUAGAAAUGCUGAUUUUGUUGUGGACUUGUAUAUCUACGUAGUCGUAAUUUGUUUUCUAGCUGUAUUGUCUGAAUAAUAAAACUAUUACACGAGU